AUUACUGUAUCACAUGCAGAAGAUACAACUCUGUUCUUGACAAGGAUGUUGAAGAGUGGAAAUAUCUGAGCCAGACCACAAGCGCAGUCAUGGCUGCGGGUCCGCACACUUGAGCCUCUAGAGAUCACCAACGCGAAAUGACGCAUCAUCUUGCGUUUGAGUUGAUCCACGGGAGAGAGGGAAGAGGAGAAGAUAUGGAGAUUAUUUAAUUUCAUUGACCCACAGGGGAUUCUAGAAGCAAGGUUGACUGCAGAAGAGAGAGGGAGAUCGAGGACGAGACAGAUGGAGUGGCCUGCGAUGCCGCCAGAAUUCAACACAAUCCGGCUGGCGUUGCCACACGAAACCAAAUUAUUCACGCUUUUUAUCUCUCUCUUUCCUCCCGUUUCAACAUUUAUUAUGAAGUUUGAACCUAAUUUCCAUGAUUAAUGGCUUACACACAAAAAAUUCAGGAUUGAUUCGCUCCGGUUGAAAAAAUGAACCGCCGUUGGAAGAGCGGCUUGAGAGAAGAACGAAACCGGGAACAAAAAAUAAAUAAACGAUUUUCAGAAAGAAAUGAACAAAGAAACAGUAUCCCCUCUUUUCCCUCCAUGAAGCUCACCGUGACUCGUUCUCAAUUCCCUCACCUUCCUCGCUCUUACCUCGUCUCCUCCGUGAAGCCAUUGCUUUUCUUCUCUUCUUUUCUCGUUCUCGCCACCGAACCAACUUACCCAACUCGUCGUCAAUCUUCAAGGACGUGCAAGUUUCCCGUGGUUUCUGUUCUCUGUUCUCCAAAUCCUUGGAUCGGCUCCCUUGGUUUCUGUAAUCAGGAACCAGCCGCUGCAGGAAUUGCCUCUUACCUAGUGAUUUGAAUGUCUUCCGUGAAGUUCUCGGCCUCAUUAGGGAGUAUGUUAAGAUCAUGGCUUCCGCACCACCCGACCCCUCUUGAUUCCAUCCUGUAAAACACCUCAAAAUCUCGACGAAUCGAUUAAAACAGCACACCCAUCUCCAUAUUCGAAGAAAAUAACAGUUCGCAUCUUCCCCAAUGGAUCCUCAACCUUCGGUUAGUACCUACCAAGCCGGCACCGAGCCAAGAGCAGCGCACCAUGAGAACCGCGUCGUCGGAAAUUCCCCUUCUUCCCGCAGGUACGCCUCUUCGAGGUCGAGAACCGGGCUUUCUCGGUUCUCAAUCGACGAGGAUUCCGCCGAGUUCCCGGUUCAUCACCUUGGAAGGGAGAAUUCGGUUUUUUCGAUAGAAAGCUCGGUGGUUUUGAACUCAAGGAGGAGGUAUGGGUCUAGAGGUGGUGACUCGGAUGUUUUUAUGACCUCCCAGAAGGAGAUGAACGAGGACUCUUCACGUCUGGUGCACAUAAACGAUCCGAAGCCGACCAACGAUCGGUUGGAGUUCGCCGGUAACGAGAUUCGGAGCAGCAAGUAUUCAGUUUUUACCUUCUUGCCCAGAAACCUCUUUGAGCAGUUCCACAGAGUAGCUUACAUAUACUUCCUUGUGAUUGCGGUACUGAAUCAGCUACCCCAAUUGGCUGUUUUUGGUAGAACUGCUUCUGUGCUCCCUCUUGUCUUUGUUCUUUUUGUUACUGCCGUGAAGGAUGCCUACGAGGAUUUCCGGCGGCAUCGUUCUGAUAAGAUAGAGAACAAUAGGAUGGCUCGUGUUCUAGUGGGUAACCAGUUUGAGCUCAAGAGAUGGAAGGAAAUUCGGGUGGGGGAGAUCAUUAAGGUUCACGCGAAUGAUUCUUUGCCCUGUGACAUGGUGCUCCUGUCUACUAGUGAUCCCACAGGUGUGGCUUAUGUCCAGACAAUCAAUCUAGACGGCGAGUCGAAUCUGAAGACUCGAUAUGCGAAGCAGGAAACACUCUCCAAAAUGCCUGAGAAAGAGGGCAUGUCGGGAAUCAUUAGGUGCGAGAAUCCAAACAGAAACAUCUAUGGCUUCCAGGCAAACAUGGAGCUCGACGGGAAAAGGAUCUCUCUCGGGCCGUCGAACAUUGUUCUUCGAGGUUGCGAGCUGAAGAACACUAGAUGGGCAGUUGGAGUUGUAGUUUACGCAGGCCAGGAGACGAAGGCAAUGCUGAACAGUUCAGGCGCCCCAUCGAAGCGCAGUCGGCUGGAAACACACAUGAACAGGGAGACGAUUAUGUUAUCCCUUUUUCUGAUUGCUUUGUGUUCUAUCGUGUCGACUUUGUCAGGCAUCUGGCUUCGUCGCCACAGGAGCGAGCUUGAUACUGCUCCGUUUUUUCGGAAGCUGGACUUCUCUAGAGAUGAUGAUGGCAAUGUCGGCCCUAGGAAUUACAACUACUAUGGGAUAGGCAUGCAGAUAUUCUUCGUGUUCCUUAUGUCAGUCAUUGUGUUUCAGAUCAUGAUCCCUAUUUCUCUGUAUAUUUCCAUGGAGCUUGUUCGCCUUGGUCAGGCAUAUUUUAUGAUCAGGGAUAUCAAAAUGUAUGAUGAGAAGUCAGACUCGAGAUUUCAGUGUCGAGCUCUGAAUAUAAAUGAGGAUCUUGGGCAGAUCAAGUAUGUGUUUUCAGACAAAACAGGGACCCUGACCGAAAACAAGAUGGAAUUUCAGUGUGCCAGCAUAAGGGGAGUAGAUUACGGUGGCGGUAUCAUGGAGAGCGAGGAGGACGAUCAUUUGGUUCAAGUAAAUGGCCAAAGUUUGAAGCCUAAAAUGAAGGUGAAAACAAACCAGGAAUUGCGGGAAUUAUUGAGAAGCGAGAAGGACACGGAGAGGCUGAAGCAUGCAGAAGACUUUUUCAUUGCCUUGGCCGCUUGCAAUACUAUAGUUCCUCUUACUUUGGAAUCAGAGAAGGGAGUUAAGUUGAUUGAUUAUCAAGGAGAAUCUCCUGAUGAACAAGCUCUGGUUUAUGCUGCUGCUGCUCAUGGAUAUACACUCGUUGAACGAACUUCUGGUUAUAUUGUCAUUGACAUACAUGGGAACAAACAGAGAUUCAACGUUUUGGGAUUGCACGAAUUUGACAGUGACCGCAAGAGGAUGUCUGUUAUAGUUGGUUGCCCUGACAAUACUGUGAAGUUAUUUGUAAAAGGUGCUGAUAGUUCGAUGUUUGGUGCCAUCGACAAGUCGAUGGAUUUAGACGUGAUCAAUGCAACAGAAGCCCAACUUCAUGGUUAUUCAUCUCUGGGAUUGAGAACACUUGUUGUUGCUGUUCGAGAACUGAAUGCGUCAGAGUUUGAGCGGUGGCAAUCAGACUAUGAGAGAGCCAGUACUGCACUAAUGGGCAGAGGAAGCUUACUAAGGUCUGUUGCAGCCAAUGUCGAGAGCAAUUUGACCCUGUUAGGAGCCUCUGCCAUUGAAGAUAAACUUCAAGAAGGCGUUCCUGAAGCUAUAGAAUCUCUUAGGCAAGCAGGGAUAAAAGUGUGGGUCUUGACUGGUGAUAAGCAAGAGACAGCCAUUUCAAUUGGCUAUUCUUCUAAGCUUCUGACAGAGAAUAUGACACAGAUUAUAAUAACUAGCCAUUCGAGGCAGUCUUGUCGAAAGAGUCUUGAUGACGCUAAAGCCUUGUUCAAGAAAAGCACGGGCAAUGGCAUGAGGCAACCUUCAGUAGGUGCACAAAAUUUUAAACCAGAUCCGCAAACAGGACUCCAUCCAGUACCCUCUGUGGAUGAUAAGACAUUGAUAGACGGUGGUUUUGACUAUAAGAAGCCCUUGGCUUUAAUUAUUGAUGGUACCAGCCUUGUUUAUAUUCUUGAAUCGGACAUGGAAUAUGAGUUAUUCGAACUAGCCACGAAAUGUAGUGUGGUGCUUUGCUGUCGAGUGGCUCCAUUACAGAAAGCUGGCAUCGUUGCACUGAUAAAAAACAGGACUGAUGACAUGACCCUUGCUAUUGGAGAUGGUGCAAAUGAUGUGUCGAUGAUACAGAUGGCCGAUGUUGGAAUAGGUAUCUGUGGUCAGGAAGGUCGUCAAGCUGUGAUGGCAUCAGAUUUUGCCAUGGGGCAGUUUAGAUUUUUGGUCCCCCUGCUGUUGGUCCAUGGACAUUGGAAUUAUCAGAGAAUGGGAUAUAUGCUACUGUACAAUUAUUACAGGAAUGCAGUAUUUGUCCUAGUACUUUUCUGGUAUGUGCUUUACACUGCAUAUACUUUGACAACAGCUGUCACUGAGUGGAGCAGCAUGUUAUAUUCUAUUAUAUAUACAUCGUUGCCAACAGUUGCUGUUGGGAUCAUGGACACAGACUUAAGUCACAAUACUUUGCUCAAGUACCCACAACUUUAUGGGGCUGGGCAGAGGCAGGAAUCGUACAAUGCACGGUUAUUUUGGUUAACCAUGAUAGAUACACUGUGGCAAAGUGCAGUCAUCUUCUACAUGCCUUACUGUACCUACAGAAUCAGCACGAUGGAUGCAUCACGUUUGGGUGAUCUCUGGACGCUGGCUGCGGUAAUAGUUGUUAACAUUCACUUGGCUAUGGACGUAAUGUGUUGGACCUGGAUUACUCAUGCUGUUAUUUGGGGCUCAAUGGUCGCUACAUGCAUCUGUGUGAUCCUCAUUGAUUCCAUACCGGAGUUGCCUGGAUUCUGGGCAAUCUACCAUUUUUCUACAUAUCCAUCAUUUUGGCAGAACAUAGCACUCAUCCUUGUAGUAGCUGUGAUGCCUCGCUUUGUUGUAAAGUUUAUUAAGCAACAAUUUAGACCUUCAGACAUUCAGAUUUCCAGGGAAGCAGACAAAUUUUUGCGAUGGAAUCGAUCAUCCGUGUAAUCUUUGGAGGAGUCUUAAUGCAAAUAGAAACCCCCGCUAUAGAAGAUAAUACAGUGUGCAUUUCAUUUUAUUUUUCUUUUUACACGUGAUUUUUGCAUGUACAGAUUGCCAAUUCUUUCAGCUGCCUGCAGCUAUUCUGCUGCAUGCAUACUUUCUAUCUAUCCAAAGGGUAGGUUGUAAUCUUUUUGAGAAAAGCCAGUGUAUUCAUAUUUUUACUCAAUUGAAUGUCAUGUAACAAAGGAAGUUCAUGUGUGCAAAUUCUUAGUGUUAUAGAUUUCUUUUCAUUAAUUGCA